AUGGCUGUUCGUCAACCACCGAAAAAUUUUCGCCAGUCCUUUGUCGCUAGCAAGGGCUUGAAGAAACUUCUAGACUUGCCAGUCCAUAAGAGAAAAGCGCCAGUGCUUCUCAAUUUUAUUCCAUCAUACAAGUCGACUUUGCCCAACGUUCCCAAAAGGAAGAAGAAAAGCCUUUCUCCACCUUCUGCUACAAAUCCAUUGACUAUAUCCCCAUCACGAACAGAUCAAGGAUCAACAUCUGAUCCAGCAGAUCAGCCAUCUUCUUCAGCUCCAUACUUGGUUCCAAUUGCAGAACGAAAACAUCGGCGACGACUUGUCCUUACUGCCGAGAUGGGUCACCCUAAGCCUGUUACAAAAGAUCUUCUAGCCAGUAUUCCAUCGUCUGUCGAUGAGCAGCCAACACAAACCCUUCCUCCACCGAAGCCAAAAAGAAUAAAAAAGGCUCAACGAAAGGCCAAGGUAGCUCAGGUUGAGUCUGAAGACACUAUCCCUAUUUCAAAGUUAGCUGAGAGUGAUAAAUCCCAGCCUUCUGUUGGGAAGAGGCAUUCUGAGUCUCAACCACCAGAAUCCCAACAAUCCAAAAAGUCGAGGUCUUCUUCUGCAAUAACUUCAGGAUCAAAAAAGCCCGAUGCCCCCUGGGCCCCCACAAUUACUUUGGAAGACAAGCCUGUCAUGGCGAGCGAUCGUGCCGAUGAUAUAAACGUCGGCGUCGCACUUAGUACCGCUCUGCUUCUUUCAGGCGAUCUGGAGCGAAAUGCCCAGUAUAGUGAGUAUGAGAACUAUGCCCUUAUGCUUCAACACUCCGUUCAAGUAAACGUUUUCUAUUUGGCCGAUAUCAUAGAUCAAGGAUCAACAUCUGAUCCAGCGGAUCAGCCAUCUUCUUCAGCUCCACACUUGGUUCCAAUUGCAGAACGAAAGCGUCGGCGACGAUUUGUCCUUACUGCCGAGAUGGGUCACCCUAAGCCUGUUACAAAAGAUCUUCUAGCCAGUAUUCCAUCAUCUAUUGAUGAGCAGCCAACACAAACCCUUCCUCCACCGAAGCCAAAAAGAAUAAAAAAGGCUCAACCAAAGGCCAAGGUAGUUCAGGUUGAGUCUGAAGACACUCUCCCUAUUUCAAAGUUAGCUGAGAGUGAUAAAUCCCAGCCUUCUGUUGGGAAGAGGCGUUCUGAGUCUCAACCACCAGAAUCCCAACAAUCCAAAAAGCCGAGGUCUUCUUCUGCAAUAACUUCGGGAUCAAAAAAGCCCGAUGCCCCCUGGGCCCCCACAAUUACUUUGGAAGACAAGCCUGUCAUGGCGAGCGAUCGUGCCGAUGAUAUAAACGUCGACGUCGCACUUAGUACCGCUCUGCUUCUUCCAGGCGAUCUGAAGCGAAAUGCCCAGUAUAGUGAGCAUGAGAACUAUGCCCUUAUGCUUCAACACUCCGUUUAG